GGGCAAAUUCAUAAUUUGUGCAUAUUUAGAGGGUUGGACAAUGAAAAUAAUUUUUCCUCCGCCCCCAUUCUGAAAACCCUAACUAAUAAAAAUAAAAGUAUACAUCUCCCAGCUGUGGCGGUGGCAGCCUAGAAGGUCUCGAAGGUUCAAGCUAAGUCUCUGAAGCCUUAACUUCAUUUACAAAGUCCGGUCAUAUACUCUCCACCAUGUCGAGAAGGAAGACUAGAGAGCCUAAGGAGGAAACUGUCACUCUUGGCCCUGCUGUUCGUGAAGGAGAGCAUGUCUUUGGUGUUGCUCACAUUUUUGCUUCGUUCAAUGACACUUUCAUUCAUGUGACCGAUCUGUCUGGUCGGGAAACACUUGUUCGCAUCACUGGUGGUAUGAAGGUGAAAGCUGAUAGAGAUGAAUCGUCGCCUUAUGCUGCCAUGCUUGCUGCCCAAGACGUUUCUCAAAGAUGCAAGGAACUUGGCAUCACUGCUUUACACAUAAAGCUUCGGGCUACUGGUGGAAAUAAAACCAAAACUCCUGGACCUGGUGCUCAAUCAGCUCUUAGAGCCCUUGCACGUUCAGGCAUGAGGAUCGGUCGUAUAGAGGAUGUAACUCCAAUACCUACCGACAGCACUCGAAGAAAGGGUGGAAGGAGAGGAAGAAGACUGUGAUUCAUAGCCAUCUUCAAAAUGGGUUUGCACUUCUUGCUGCUCGACCAUUGAGUUCCAUAGUUUUAGACAACGUAGCAUGUUCAAUCGAUAAAUCCGGUGUUUUGGUUUUUGGUGUUCAUCAAGAUUUUUGCUGUGUUUUGAUUUAAAUCAUUUAGUCAAUUGAGUUUGAUACUUUCUUUUUUUGGCUGCAUUUUAUAAUUAAUUAAUGAUUAAUAUUGA